AUGGACAAGAUCACCGACCGCAUCGCCGCUCUGCCGGCUGAUGGCACCUACUUCUCUCUCGAGUUCUUCCCUCCCAAGACAGCCAUGGGAUUCUCCAACCUACGAGACCGUCUCCAUCGAAUGGAACGAGCACUUCGGCCACUUUUUGUGAAUGUCACUUGGGGAGCCGGUGGCAGCACCUCUCAGAAAUCGCUUGAACUGGCCGAGUUGUGCCAGAGAGAAGUCGGACUUACAACUUGUCUACACUUGACAUGCACAAACAUGAGCAAGAAGUUGAUUGACGAGGCCCUCUCAGAUGCAAAGGCUCUGGGAAUCAGAAACAUCUUGGCUCUGCGAGGCGACCCUCCGCGACGAGAAGAGUACCGCGACGCUGAAGAUUCAGAGGACGAUGGAGGCCAAGAUUUCAACUGGGCUAUCGAUUUGGUUAGAUACAUCCGAAAGACCCAUGGUGACUAUUUCUGCAUCGGUGUUGCAGCAUACCCCGAGGGCCACGCCGAGGAGAGCCAUCCUCUGGGACAGAGUGUGGAGCACGAUCUCCCCUACCUUGUCCAGAAAGUUCAAGCCGGCGCUGACUUCAUACAAACCCAACUCUUUUUCGAUAUUGAAGCAUAUGAACAUUUCGAAACCACUUUGAGAGAGCACCCCAGCGGUGCCUUCAACAGCAUCCCUAUCAUUCCUGGACUGAUGCCUAUCCAGAGCUAUCAGAUGAUUAAGCGAACCACCAAGCUGAGCCAUGCCAAAAUCCCUGACCAUCUUCUUGAACGUCUUGACGCUGUCAAGGGUGAUGAUGAACGGGUAAAGAUGGUCGGUGUGGAUAUCGUCAACGAGUUGAUAGACAAGAUCAAGGAUAUCAAGUCAAAGACACCGGGUCCAAAGGGCUUCCACUUUUACACGCUCAACCUGGAGAAGGCAGUGUCCUUCAUCCUGGAGCGAGCAAACCUCAUCCCUGACCCCCCUGAGAAUGAGGAAGCUGUCGUCGCAGUUGACGAACUUGCCAUUCCUGCGCUACAGAUCAAUGGCAACAUGCGUUCAAGCAGCCACUCCCGCUCUCGACAGUCCAGAAGGCACUCUUCUGUUGCCUCAGACCCUCACAAUUAUGUUAUUGUCGGCGAUAGGCCAGCAGUGUAUCCCGAGUGGGAAGCGACAGGCUUGGAGGCCGGCGGGCGUGCCGAGGCCGUCAACACACGCGCUAACACAUUGGCCAUAUCGGAAGGCGAGGGUGCGUUGGGCCGUGAGGCGACAUGGGACGAUUUCCCUAACGGUCGUUUUGGUGACGCCCGUUCACCCGCAUAUGGUGAGAUUGACGGAUACGGCGUGAGCCUACAUAUGUCCGUGACGCAGGCCGUCAAGCUUUGGGAUUACCCCAAGACGCGGCAGGACAUUAACGAUCUGUUCGUCAAGCACAUUCAAGGAGAGCUCUCCGCUAUCCCGUGGAGCGAGGAGGAGCUUAGGGCAGAAAGUUCAACCAUUAAACCUCACCUUCUGCAACUGAACGGCAAGGGCUGGUGGACCGUUGCGUCGCAGCCCGCCGUCAACGGCCUACGCUCCAGCGACGCCACCUUUGGUUGGGGUCCGCCCAACGGUUUCGUCUUCCAGAAGUCAUUUGUCGAAUUCUUCAUCCCGGCAAACGAAUGGGAAAUUCUUAAGGCCAAGCUCGUAUCCUCGGAGCUGCAAGACUAUGUGUGCUUCUACGCCAGCAACGCCCGCGGUGACUACGUCUCGUCGGACAUCGGCGGUCACGUGGACGGCUCGACGGAGGCCAGCCCGAGUACAAAUGCCGUAACAUGGGGUGUAUUCCCAGGCAAAGAGAUCAUUACGCCAACAAUUAUCGAAGAGGUCAGUUUCCGAGCUUGGUGCGAGGAGGCGUUUGGGAUCUGGGGUGAGUGGGCAAAGGUAUACGGCCGGGGUUCUGAGAGUGAAAAGCUCUUGAACGGCAUCAAGGAUGACUAUUGGCUUGUUAACCUAAUUCAUCAUGACUAUGUGAAUAGGGAUGCUCUAUGGGAAGUUCUGUCAAGUUAA